GUGUAGUAUUACGUAAGUAUGUACGGUUUCGGAGCGUCAAUGCUUACGUACAUAUGUAACACCGGCGUGCAAAUAAUUCUGUCAUAUUUGACAAUGGAUUAGAUUACAUACGGCAGAAUUAACUGUUCAAUUUCGCAAAAUUUAAUCCUGUUGGGCCAUAUUUUUGUCGGUUUGGUUUGAAUUGUUAAUCAUACCUUAUAAAUUUUUAGGAAGAAAGAAAGUUUAAAAAAAUUAUAGAAUAUCCAUUCACAUACGUUUUGCUAGUUAAAAAGCAUUGGGAAUUAAUAAUUCCAAUGUCUCAAUUUAUUUUGUCUGACCGUUUUCAGGCAGGUUUUAUAAUAUUAAUCUUAACCGUAAUUGUUAUGAUUGCAUUAUUUUCUUCGAAUGAGUAUAACACUGCGUGGAAGACGAUAUAUUUUCCACGACCAAAUAUUGAAUCUGUCUCGUUCAUGACAAGAUUCAAUCAAACAUUAGGAUUCCAACCUGUUGGUGAUGGAUUGUUCCUCUAUUCAGCUUACUACUUUAAAGACGAACGGGAUGGCAAACCAGCAAAAAUCCGAAUUGUUGGACUGGAUGUGAAAGCAGAGGCUCGUGACGUGUAUUGCGUUUUCCUCGGAAGUGGUGGAGAAAGCUACAAUGAAACUAACAAUGGGCAAUUAAUAACGAUUAAAGGGUACAAAACAAUUUGUAAAGAUCCGUACGGCCUGGGACAUAAAUAUGGCCCAGCUUACGUCGACUGCGAGCUGCCCAACAAUACGCUAGUAGACCCACCUAAAUUUGUAUCCAUAUAUCAUGCAAAUUACAGCCUGGAAAUUAUUGGAAACAUUUUAAAAAUUAACUAUCCUCCCCCGAGACAGGAAAAACUAAUGUAUAAAGUUGCGUCAUGCACGCAGCCUUUUUACACGUGGGCAGAUAAUAUGGGAAAACCAGUUGAGCUCGUGGAAUGGAUGGAGUACCAAUUAAUGAUGGGGGUUGAACAUUUCCUAUUUUACAAUAUUUCCAUGAGUCCCGCUUUUGCCACAGUUUUGCAAAGUUAUGGAGAUGUUGUCACCUUGCUCCCGUUUGAACUUCUGGUUUCCGAAAUAAUGAGUCACGGACAAUUUGUUCAGGCGAACGAUUGCGUCUAUCGUUACAGGGACGUGGCCAAAUAUGUUACUACACUCGACAUCGAUGAAUUUCUCAUCCCAUCCGACAAAUUUUCAAAUUACGGUGACAUGAUCGACUUUAUUAUGGAGAGCGAAGAUGUCAAGAAAUUAGGAGGUGUUAUCAAUCAAUUAAAUUGGCAGUCAUAUUUUUCCUUUGCAAAUUGGCCGACGAGGGAUAUGAGUAAUUCAUCGACGGACUUUUUUGACGCUAACCUACUUCGAUUAACUACUCGGAUUAAGUUUCAGGAGGGAUAUCAAUCCAAAUUUGUCGAACUUCCAAACAACGUCUUGGAGUCAACGGUUCACUUUGUAACAAUCGCAGUAGAUGGAUCCGCAGGAUACACUCCACCGUACGAUGUUGGACAUUAUCUCCAUCUUAAGGAAUGCAUCCCAUAUUUUGAAAAACCAAAUCCAAUUUUAAAAGAAAAUGCAACCUGUCUUGGGACAAUUUAUGAAGAAAAUUUGAACCCAAGCAUUAGAUUUGGAGAUAUUUUAUCAAAAAAAGUUAGCGAAAGGGUUAGCACUUUAAUUAAAAUAGAUCCAACGUUAGCUAGUUAUUUUAAAGCAGUAAUAAGUAGCACAACGACAGAAAAACCGAAGUAAUUUUUUUAGAAAUUAGAUAGUUAUAAAAUUUAGUCAUUAUUUUAUAAGUAUACUUAUUUUAAUAAAUACUUUUAUACGUAUGUUAUUUACAUGUAUAUUUGGCAAAAGUUACAACAACCAGGAAAAUAAUAAGGUUGCUAAUAAAUUAAUUUGUAAUUUAAUAAUUUAUUUCUUAGGGUUACUUACUACCCUACAAAAAUCAACGAGUAUUUAUUCAUAACUAAUUGUUUCGAAAAUUAACUUAUUACACAAUAUGUCGCGGUAUAUACAUAGAUAAGUUUAUUUACUAAUAGGAUAUAGAAUAAUGGGAAUUGGGAAAAAUCCUCAUUUUGUAAUCCUUAAUCCAAAUGAAGUCACAAUUUAGAAGCGGACUCUGCCCUUGACUCGGACUACAUAAAUACAUAAGCAUCGCGCACUGUCAACUGUAGGUUUUUAAACAAUUAUGUACGUAAUGUCAGUUUGGCACAUGAGUUUUGUGGCUUAUUUUUCUUUGAUGACAAACGCGUCUGCUUAAUCAGUACCCAGAAAUGGAUCACUUCAAUAUCUCCGUGGGUGACGAUUUUGAUUUUUCUCCAAGUUAUUUAAAGUGCACAGAGUUAUCUACUUCCACGCCGUUACACGUUGGAAGGGCCUUAUGCAUGAAAGUACACAAAUUCUUUUACAUACUAUAAGAUUACCAUGAUAAAUUAUUUGUUUUUCACUGGAAA